GAACCUUGAGUGGUCACGAAGCAACGGUAGUAGUGGCGAAACAUAGUAAAACCCAUCUCUCGGUCCACGGUUCUCCACGACAACCGGCCGCGGCGUCUUCCGGCUGAAGGAUGGCUGAGAAAACAAGCUUCCCUCACUAUUACAGAGCAUCUACGCACAGCUACAAACCGCUUCUGUCCACCGAUCGCCGGAUGGGUCCUAUUCGCAAGAAGAAAACUCGCUUCAAGGUGCUGCUGCUGAUGGGGACCGUCUUUGCUUGCCUGCUGUACGCGAUCGAGCGGCCCUUCUGGUGGGACUACGACGCCCUGGAGGCCCCGCUCUGGAACGAGGCGCUGGAGACGCGGGACGAUGAGCAGCACUUCAACUAUAACGGUUCGUACUUCGUGAACACGGCCGGCUGCAAGAUGCCCAGCUUUCCGGUGUCCAACGAGCACAUCCAGAAGUUUGUCGAACGCCCGGACUCGAUCGACUGCGUGCCGGCGCUGCUGCAGUCCGACGAGCGAUGGUUGUGGUUCCGGUUGCGGGAGGACGACAUCGAGCGCCACUAUAACGUCACGAACGCCAGCCUCAUACAGUGCUGCGCGCGUCCCUUCGAGCGCUUGACGGACGACGAGGAGCACCAGGUGGGGAACGAAACUUGUAUCGAUUAUCCGGAGCGGAUCGAUGCGAAGGGCUCCGAGUUUGUCAUGGUUAGCUGCCGGCAUCCGGCGCUGAAGGACCCGUUCUAUCGGGACUAUUUUGCUUUCGUCCCGCGCAAACCAGCCGUUGAGGAGAGGAUACGGGCUCUGCGGCAACAGGUUGGUGCUGCGGGCCAAAAAUUGAACGUUAUGAUUCUGGGGAUAGAUGCGGUGUCGAGACUGAAUCUGCACCGGCAGAUGAAUCAAACGAUGGACUACGUGUUAAACACCCUGAACGGUAUCGAGAUGUUUGGUUACAAUAAGGUGGGAGACAAUACGUUUCCAAAUAUGGUGCCCGCUCUGACCGGACUCGACGUGGACGAGCUGAGUGCAGCCUGUCUCCUGAACGCGAGCAGCACCUUCGACCUGUGCCAGUUCGUGUGGAACAAGUUUAGCGCGGCCGGCUACCGGACGGUGUACGCGGAGGACAGCACGGCCAUGGGAACGUUCAACUACGGCAAGAAGGGCUUCCGGCAGCAGCCGACCGAUUACUAUCUGCGCAGCUUUUUCCGCCAGAUGGAAUCGAGUGUGGGCUACAACAAGAAACUGAACGCCAAACUGUGCCUCGGUGGUCGCAGCCCCACGAGUGUACUGUUGGACUACGCCCGGAAGGUGGUCAAAACAUUCGGCAGCGAAGAGCCCGUGUUUUCCCUGCUGUGGGGCGUCGGCAUGACGCACGACUUUUUCAACAAUCCGUCGCUGAUAGAUGAAGACUACCGUAGGCUGUUGGAGUUUGUGGCCGACGAGGAACAACGCGACUACCUUAACCGCACGGUGCUGAUCUUGAUGAGUGACCACGGCAUUCGGUGGGGCUCGUUCCGGAACACGUAUCAGGGAAUGAUGGAAGAGCGGCAACCAUUUCUGAUAUUCAUCCUUCCGCCGUGGUUCGCCGUACGCUAUCCGGCAGCGUACCGAAAUUUGCGAAGAAACCGUUUACGAUUGACAACGCACUUUGAUCUGUACGAGACGCUGAAGGACUUCCUCAAUCUAGAGAGUCCCGGUCUGAAGGACGAAUCCGUGAGGGAGCGGACAAACGAGCUGUACUCCACCAGACCCAUCCCUCGGGGGGUCAGUUUGUUGCUUCCGGUACCAACGACGCGCACCUGCGAGGAUGCGGGCAUUGUGUCGCACUGGUGCACCUGUCACGAUCACAAGACGUUGACGAAAAAUGACCACCAGGUCAUACAGGCGGCUCGUUUUGCAGUGGACCGAGUAAACCAGCUGCUGCUUGACUAUCCGCAGUGCAGCGUGCUACAUCUGAAUUCAAUCGAGGACGCCAGUGUCGGUAUGUCGCCGGAGAACAUAACGGCCAAUCACAAGUUCAGUGACAUCAGUGUACGGUUCGUUACGAAACCGGGCGAGGGUGAAUUUGAAGCCACGGUGCGCAUUGAUUCCAACAACGACAGCUUCUUGACGGGCACGGUAAGCCGGACGAACUUGUACGGGAAGCAAAGUUAUUGCGUGGAUGACUAUCGGUUAAAGUUGUACUGCUUCUGUGGUUUGUGA